UUUAACAUACUUUGUUUAUGUUUAUACAAAGCGUGCUGCCGGCGUCAACAAUACAAAAAGCUUAACCUCAAAAUCAUUUAACUCGCUGAACAGACUUAAAAUUGGGAACUGAGAGACACGCAGUGCUUAAGUGGAUAAAUUCGAUUUUCGAUAUUCACUUUAUCUGCAUUCGUUUCUACACCGUUCAAAAACUUGUUAACGCUUUAUUUCUCCAACUUUUUGGCGAAUUUUUGUAUUAAAUAUGACCCAACCAGCGGAUGAAAGAAACAUCGAAAUCAAAGCUCGUGUAGGCUCUGAUUCUGAAUUUGAAACCAAAGUGAAUAUCGCUAAGAAACUAACAGCAUCCGAAGGAGAACUACUUAUUCAGAAGGAUAUCUUUUUUAAUUCAGAAACUGGUCGUUUAAAGUUGCGCCAUACAGAAAAUGCAAAAGCGCAACUAGUGUAUUAUGAUAGACCGGACAUAGCAGGUCCAAAACUUUCCAAAUUCAACAAAAUCACGAUCGAUGAACCAGAAAUAUUGGAAAAAAUCCUAACUGCAAGCAAUGGAGCACGAGGUAUUUUAAAAAAACAUCGUUAUUUAUUUAUGUACAAAAACACAAGGAUUCACAUGGACAAAGUAGAGGAUUUGGGAAAUUUUAUGGAGUUUGAGGUUUGUCUUAAACCCGAACAAACUAUAGAAGAAGGUCAAGCUUUUGCUGAAGAAUUAAUGAAAUUAUUCGGAAUCAAAGAAGACGACUUGAUGACUGGUGCUUAUUUUGAUGUUAAAAAAUGAGAUUUCAAUCUUUACAUCUGGACACUAGUAAGUAUUAUUACAUGUGAUCCAAAUUAAAACAUACCCAUACUCACUAUUAAAAUAACAAUAAAAGAUAAUUCGUUUUAUAUAAA